AUGGGAGCCAUGCCAGACCUGUCCUCUGAUGAGGAAGUUAACGAGGCUAUAUUGGCCAGUCUUGAGAGUCAUCCAGGUUUCAAGAGACUGUCCUACAAUCCGACCUUCCAAAUGUGUGUCAUGUUCUCGGAUGACUUUGGCGUGGAUGAGGAGGCUGUUGACCUCGGCGGCCCUAGGAGGGAGUUCCUGCGUCUACUUAUGGAGGCCCUGGCACACUCACAGAUGUUUGAGGGAAGGGAAGGAAAAGCCAACUUGGCUUUGGAAAGUUCAGCUUUAAGAAAGGACCAGUAUUUUUUUGCCGGCCAGGCCAUUGCGGUGAGCCUAGUUCAUGGCGGGCCUGCUCCUGGGUUCUGCUCCUAUUCUUUGUACUCCUCCCUGACCGGAAGAUCACCCAAGCCUGAGAUGGAGGAGAUUGCAGAUUUGGACCUUUAUGCCAAGGUCAAAAAGUUACUCAAGUGCGCAUGUGCCAAGCGCAAACGUAUAUGCACCGUAAGCAAGCACAUGCGCACGAACAUACACGGAAACGCACGCACAUGCGCACACACACAAGCACCUCGCGGACACACCGCACGUCAACACAAAGGCAGCGACACAUACACGGAAGAGCGCGCCCGCACACAAACACACACAGGUAAGACGUUGGCAUCGGCACACGCGCAGGUGUCAGAAUGUACAUCUUUAGAUGAAUUGCAACAGGCCACAGAACCACUUACAGAUUAUCUGGCCAAUGCUGGGUGUCUCAGGCCAUUGAAAGGCAUAGAGGACAAAGACCUUUUGGUGGAGGACAUCCUCAUGUUCCAGGUGGUCCAUCGCGUCAGUGGAGCAUUUGAAAGAUUCAGGGAGGGGAUGAAGACCCUUGGUGUUCUUGAUGCAAUAAGAAUGCACCCAGUUGCUUUCAGACCGCUGAUGUGUCACGAGCCAUCCCCACUGACAGCUGAUGUACUCGAAAAUCUAUUUGUUAUUCGACUGUCUGCAGUGGGCAGCAACAGAAGAAGGGCAGAGGAAUGUGUUGUUCCAUUUUGGAGGGACUACCUGAUGGAUAUUGAGGAGCAAGAGGGACCCUUGACCCUUGGUGGCAUCCUAGCCUUCGCAACGGGAGCAAAUGAAAUUCCACCCCUUGGCCUCUCCCCACGACCUUCAGUGGAUUUUCUCCAUGACCUUCCCCCCGGACAAGGCCGUCAUUUGCCCACUGCAAACACAUGCAUUAACUGCCUCAAGUUGCCAUUAGUGAACAACUAUGAGGAUUUCAAGGACAGCAUGGAAUUUGCAUUUAGAAACACGCAGGGUUUUGGUCAGGAAUGACUCCCAAGAAAACAAGGAAACAAGUUAUUUUUUUCAAUGUUAAAAAUGUUAAAUGUUCAAUGUUUCAAACUGAAGCAUAAAUU